GAGGAAUAAACAUGGGGUCACUCGUGAGAAGAUUGCUCAGAUGUUGGAACGAUACGAAUAUCAAAUAUCCAUACCUAUUGUCAUGAAUUCAGUGGUACCUCCCCACAAAAACACGCAAAGGCCACCUCUGCAACGAAGACAUAGGGAGACAAUUUUAAAGAAGAACCCUGGGCAUCUGUUGACAAAAGAAAAGCAGAGGAAAAAACGAAAAAGAAGCGACAUGUCAGAAAGUGAAGAGGAUGAUUCAGAAGAAGAAAACAGCAAAUCCUUGUGUACAUUCAGUGGAGGUCCAGAAGAUCCAGUAACAGUUUGUGAAGAGCAGCCAAACGAUCCUGAUGAAAGCCUAAAAGAAGUUGUAGUGAUUUCAACAGAAAGGUUUCCCGUCACAGUGUCUGAGGUCUCAACGGUGUCGGACAAUGCAUGGAAAAAUGAUUUGCCUGUAGAAAGUGACAAUUCACUCCUAAUAAAUAUAAAACCUUUUUCUACAGAAAGCCUAACCAAAAAUGCACUUGAUGAUGAGGAAACAAAUCAAAGGCACAAAGAAAAUCUUUCCAAAAGCAGUUUCCUAAAAAUGAACAGUGAUAAAAAUUCCAUCCAGGAAACAGAAGGCAUCAGUGAAGAUUGUAACAUGCUGCUGUUAAGCACAGAAAACAAACUGGAAUCAUAUCAAAUUACCUGUGAACCUGACAUGGAAGCUAAGCUAUUAAGUUUAAGUGGUGAAGAAAAAGAUAUCUCUCAGUGUUAUAAUUCAAAUGCACAUGAUAAUGUGCCUGAUAAUAACACAGAGGACAAAGGUGCAUUAAAAGCAGGAGAGAAUACCUGUAAUGCCUGGGCUUUUUUUUCAGUUGAUUUACCUACUGAGGAGUUGCAGCUGGACUUCGAUACACAAGCUUCUCUCUCUUCUUGGUCUGAGGAUAAAUUUGUAGGUGAACAAAGACCCCCAAAAAUGAGGAAACCGAAACAGACUCAUAUGAACAGUUCAACACAGCUGAACUGCUGUUGGUCAAAUGAAGGAUUGGUAAAGGAAAACCAUCAGGUAACAGUGACUGCAGAGGUUGGUAAUAUAAUAAGCAAUGGUCUAUCAGCAUCUCCAGCUGGUGAAGUGCACUUUGAUUCCCUCGUGGAACCCAGGGCCACCUUCACGCAGUGUUCGAGUGAAGUAAAUGUUCCAAGAAAGGAUGCUGCACCAAUUACAUCGAAGAGGAAAAGACAUAGAAGAAUUGUCAACUUGGCACCAAAGUUUGAUCUACCAAGACAGAUUGCUGGUAGUACAGAGGGAGGGAAGGAAGUCUCAAUAAAAGAUGAUGUUCCCCAAGAAAGUGUUUUGGAAGUGGGGCAAAAAAGCUUUCUAAGCAAGGACAGUGGAGAGGAACGUGAGCAGAACCGUGCGUUGCAGGGAUAUUCUGCACCUUAUAGUGGCACCAAAGCAACUUAUUCCUUACCCGCCCCGAAUGCGGAUGCUCUGUUACAUGAUAUUUCUUACAGUCAUUUGGGACAAUCUUCUCUUAUGCCAAAAUAUUCCUGCAAGUUUCCUGGAGUUUCAGGGAUGAAGGAGGAGGAAGGUAGAACUCUUAAACAACAACAGGUAGUUGAUAAAAAAGAGGGUGAGAGUGAACAAGUUACUUCAGAGGUUACAAAUAGACAACCAGAUAUUUUGUCUUCUGUUCAAGUUGUUUCUGAACAUCCAGAAGAUUCUAGUGUAUUGGCAAGCUGCGGUGAAAAUGUGCAUGAAGAAGAUGACCCUGAGCCAGCGGAGGCCUCACAACUUGAAGAUAAUCAGGAUGUGAAUAUGAAAUGUAGUUUUCUGGGACUUCCCUUGUCAUUAGGAUUUGCUUUUCAACUUGUGCAGCUCUUUGGUUCUCCAGGUCUUCCAUUGGAAUCCUUGUUGCCAGAUGAUUAUAUAGUUCCUCUUGACUGGAAAGUUUCAAAGAUGAUCUAUUUACUGUGGAAGACCUCUGUGGAGGAAAAACAGAAAACAAAUGGAUUGCAGAAUGGAAACGCCUUGGCUGAUGAUACUAUUAGUCUUGAAGAUCUACAUAAAAAUUGCCAAGAGGAUCAAGACUCUUCUGAAACACUUGCAGAAAUGGAGCUGUUUCAAGGAGUCAUAGAGGAGAACAUCCUGACCUACAGUAGCGGAGGCUGUUUGGACACAGUGUUUCAUCAUUCAUGA